CAAAUAUGAAUGCUUUUGCAGUCGGCCACGGGGGCCGGCGUGCUGGUGUAGGCUGAAAUCUAUUUCUAUUAUUGCAUCAUUCUGUAUUCGUACACAUUAGGAAAAUGUGCGGGAUUUGGGCUACAUUCGGCAUCAAUGGAGUUGCGAACUUCAAGUGCGUUGAAUGUUUGUUUAAAAUCGUCCAUCGCGGCCCUGAUGCUUGGCGAAUCGAACAGGAUGCCAGAGAACCGCAUAUCAUACUCGGCUUUCAAAGACUUGCGAUCGUUGAUGGCCUUUACGGCAUGCAACCGAUGCGGCUGCACCAAUAUCCUCGAAUAUCACUCAUAUGCAAUGGCGAAAUAUACAACUACAGGCGACUGAAGGAAGAACACAACUUCUCGUACGAAACCAACUGUGAUGUUGAAGCCAUUAUUCACCUCUAUCAGCGAUUCGGCAUCGCUGAGACAGUCAAAUCUCUAGAUGGAGUCUUCGCAUUUUGUUUGGUGGACGGCGAAAAACGGAAAGUUUAUAUUGCUAGAGAUCCAUAUGGAGUAAGGCCGCUGUUUAAAUUGCAUGACAAAGUGAAUGCAUAUAUGGCGAUCUGUUCGGAAGCGAAAGGCUUAGUGGACCUACGAAAAAUAAGUGAUGAAACUGCAUCACUAGGACAAUUUCCGCCAGGACACUUCGAAGAAUAUGAUAUAUUGGACGAAGGAAAUGUUAAACUUAAUAUUACCGAGCAAUAUUAUAAACCUGGUUCUGCCCCAUUCUUUCUUCCAUACGUUCCGAAAGAUCAGCUUUCGAAACUCGAUGAUUACGAAAAAACUGCACACUUAUUAGAAGCUGCUUGUAGAAAGAGACUUAUGUCGGAUAGACGAAUAGGUUGCCUUCUAAGCGGUGGUUUGGAUUCAUCCCUCAUAACAGCCCUGGUCAUGAAGCUGGCAAAGGAAUGUAAAUUACCAUACAAAAUUCAAACCUUUGCUAUAGGCAUGGGGAAUUCCCCUGACUUGGUAGCAGCACGAAAAGUAGCGGAAUACCUCGGAACUGAACACCAUGAAGUGAUUUUUGAUGAGAACGACGUCGAAAAAGAACUAGAUAAUGUUAUAUAUCACCUAGAAAGCUUCGACAUUACAACCAUUCGGGCCAGUAUGCCAAUGUACCUACUCGCUAAGUACAUAAAGAAUAAUACAAACACAACCGUCGUGUUUAGCGGUGAGGGUGCAGAUGAACUGGCGCAAGGAUACAUUUACUUCCGAGAUGCACCAGAUUCGAACCUCGCUCACGAGGAAAGCAUCCGCUUAUUAUCAGAUAUUUAUUUGUAUGAUGGGCUGAGAGCAGAUCGGACAACGAGUGCGUUCUGUUUGGAACUAAGAGUGCCAUUUUUAGACAUACAAUUUACUAACCACUAUCUUAAUUUAGAGCCUGAACUGAGGAGGCCGCAAAAUGGCGUUGAAAAGUAUUUUCUACGUAAAAGUUUUGCAAAUAGCGGGCUUUUACCUGAUUCAAUUUUGUGGAGACACAAAGAGGCAUUUAGUGACGGAGUGGCUUCCGUGAAGAAAUCAUUAUUCACAACCCUACAGGAGAUAAUUGAAGAACGUUUACCUAAAAACGCCAAUUUUAAGUACCCAGGCGUACAACCAACCACCUCGGAGUCUCUUUACUACCGAUACAUUUUUGAAAAGUCGUUCUCUGGUUUACAUAACUUUACCCCGUAUUAUUGGAUGCCUAAAUGGGUACAAGUAUCAGACCCUUCAGCCAGAUUCAUUAAACAUUACGCUGCCAAAGAGUAAAAUCAAAAGUUUCCAGUCACUACCAGUAUGACUGGAGUUGCCUUCAGUAAUGUAUGUGAAACAUUUCGUUCGAAAACUAGCCAUUCUCUGUUAAAGAUUACCUUUUUUUUAAAUUUCAAAUAUUAUAUAUGUCAAUAAACGUAAUUAUCAUGAAAACUAUUACAAGAUUAUAUCCAAUAUAACAGUUUUAUAUAUUCAGAUAAAAUAUAAAAAAAAAAACGGUAAAUAAAUCUAUGCAUUUAUUAUAUAUAUAUAUAUUUAAGUUUAACUAAAAUAUUUGUUUUAUUUAUAUUGUUAUGCUACAAUGUUAAUUCAAGAUUGUUAAUUAUAAAUUCGUUAUAUAUAAUAAAAAAUAUUGCCUUCACAAAAUAUCAGUGAAGACAAUUAGGACCUUAACUACUUUUCAAAACUAAACCUUAAAAAGCAAUAAACGGUGAUUGGUAUUGCAAUAUGAAAUUAUAAAAAUACAUUGAAGACAGUUCACAUGUAAACCAGUGCUGCUUCAACGAGAUACAACAUGUUACUGAGAUAAUUUUACUCCAUACAGCCUAAAAGGGGUGGCCUUAUAGAAUUAAUGAAGUUUUCCAUACAUAGACAAGUCCCAUGAUGUUUUUCUUUAUAUUCUAUUGGAUCUUGUGCGAAUGUCACUUGAUUGUGUCGUCUCAGACUGGGCACUGGAUAUACGGAUAUGUCGGUGGAGUAAUCGGUGAUUGUAUCACAAAAUGUGACGUAGGAUGGCGUGGGUGAGAACUUGCAUGUCAUGGAUGUAGUUUUUUCCAAGCUUAGGACACUUUUCUCUGUUGAUUUGUCAGAUGUAAACAUUUUCUGAUUUGUUUCCAGUUCUUCAUCUUUUAAUAUUUUAGGCUUCUCUUUUUGCAUGAGAUGAAAAACCAUAGAGCAUCCUGGGCAAAAACUAUUUUCUUUAUUACCGCAAUUUCUAUUGUUCAUUGGUAUAUUAGACAGAGAGGAUUUUAUAUCAUUUAUUUGGGUUUCUUUAUUUUCGUGUGACGUCAUAGCUUGCAUUGAUCUUUCAUUUGCAAGACAAAUUUUACAUUUGCAGGAAUUAUUUGCUAUUUGGUCUUUUAGUCUUCUCAGUUCAAUUGGUUCCGAGCUACAACUCGAGAUUGGUGAUAUUACCUGCCACAUUUUGAAUAAAUUACAUUUUAACAGCAGUAUUGAUAUACUAUAUCAUUUUUAUUAUUUCCAAUUCACUUCAUACUCCUUAAAUUGGUGAAUUUUACAUUGUAACUAUGUUAUAUGAUAAAAUCUUUAAAGUAACAUUAUGUGCCAAUGACAAAUAAAAAUAAAAUUGUCAUUCCUGAACGUUAAAGUAUUUAUAGUUCACAAAAGAAAAAGAAAAUAGUUUCUAUGUAAUACCUAAUAUAUUAUUUUUAGAAUGUUUUCUCAUUUUGUACUGAAUGAGCCUAACGAAUAAAUUAGAAUAUCAAAUAAUUUAAUGCAUAUACAAACUUCUGGCCCUAAAAAAUAUUCCAUUACACUAAAAUUCAAAAACAACUGGUAUAAAGCUUACAUUCUAGUGACGUCCACUUAAAACGUGACACUUGAAUAAAUGUGAUAACUAACGAAAUUGUCGUAAAAAUAAUAAAUUUGUCAGCAUGUAUCUAACUUAUAUCUCCAAGAUUCUUGACUCGUAAUCAGUAUUUAACAUAAAAAAAGACGAAAAAAUGAAAAGAAAUGCAGAUUCUGCAAGUAAAUCGUCACAUUCUAAG